GUCCCAAGAUAGUCUAACUGUCUGGCUGUUGGUUCUACUGUCAUCAUUUUCUCCGCUCUUUUUGUGUGGACGGCCCUUCACUUUGACCGGCUUACUUGUUUCUUUCCCUGAAGACGAAUCCUUGCCUGUCACCAUGCUCGGCCGGUUACUAAGUACUGCAGCCUCCACCUUGAACCCGGCGGCUUAUUCUGCAAAGAAUCCCCACCAGCUCGAAUCCGUUACCGAAGAAGAACACACCUCUGGCCUGCUAUUUCCCGAUGCAAGCCUUCUCCGACGUUCCACUACCCAUGCGUAUCCUCUCCAUACGGCCUUCAAUUCCCCGAAUGCUUCUACCGCUGGUGCCUAUGACGACCGAGGAGGAGUGGACUUGGACCCCAUCAAGGACUUCCGUGUGAUAAUCGCUCAGAAUGCACUUGGGGAUCGGGAUGCCUGUGUAUUGUUGGAUACUCGUGCUACUUCAGACUCACCCACCUAUGGACUAGGGCUAGAACCCCAGACGUUUGAAAACUCGGGCGCACGCCAUGCUCGCACGGUUUCGACUCUUACCCGAGGAUCUCGACGAGGCUACUCAUCUCAGUCGUCGGCGGUGGAACCGAGUCCGCUUUCAUUUGCCGCAGAAGCCCGCAGAUCACCCCCGAUGUCAUCUGGUGCUUUCAUGCGGGCCCGUGGUCGCAGCUCCACGUUAUCACCAGCCGGAGGCUCUCAAGAUCCUGUCUACUCGCGUCAUUCAACGGAUUCGAACGAUACAGGUCUAUUGAAUUGUAUCUUUGGCAGCAGCGCAUUCAGUUAUCGAGGAUCCUCUACAAAGAUGCACAUAAUCUCUGCCGAUGACGAGCCGGGUAGGACCGCGAGCGCAUCGCCUGCCUCCCGCAAUUCAUUCUCUCGAACCUACACUACUGGAAGUUCAACGGCCUUUAUGAAUUCGAACGGCGUAAACGAUGGAAAACCGCCGUCGAAAGUGACCAUUCUUCUGACAAGGAUGUUCAGUGUCAAUCUGCCGGAGGCGGGUGAAACCUCUCCAGACAGACAAGAUCUUGCUGCUUCUUUGUAUCAAGAGUCUCUUACAGAGACUGGAUAUCCCUUUCCCGAUAUCACCAAGCGCAAAAAGAUUAAAGAGAAGAAAACCCCAAUGUACGCUGUGGCAAUUACGAUCCAGAUCCCUCUCCUGGGUCGCAGUAUCGGCCGUCCUGUCUCUCGGUUCAGUACGCAAGGCUCCGACUCACCCAGACCAGCGAUGUCGUGCUCGCUAGACUCAGAUUACCGCUGGCGUACUGGUUUCCUGGACGAUAGUUUGUCGCUAGCCUCCCCUCCGGCCAGCUUGGAUGAACGAAUCGAUUUGCUAGUAGACCACUGGGAUGUCAUCAACCGUACUUUGUCGCAUUUGGAGAGACUUUCGCGGAAGGAGAUUUUGUUCCUCCUAAAAAAGGUGGAUUCGUCGUCAGGACUUCACCCGAAGCCAGCGAAGCCCCCGAACAUGCAGCGAACAAACCAAACUAUCAUUCACUUACCAGCGAAUAUUCUAGCUGUAAAUUCAAAGCUUCGAGAGGAGGCUGUUCGCAGCACUCGCCGCAUUAGUACGGCUCUUCAAACCCCAUACGUCGUUACAGGACAGAGUCGGUGGGGUGUCUGGCGCGAGGAAGGCCGUUCGAUUGUUCGCAAUCUUGGGGACAAAGACCAUAGUUUCUUCUUCUUGGUUCUCAUAACCGCAUUUUUGGGGAACCACACGGAGUGGCUCAAUGCUUUAGGCCCGGAAUGGUGGCGACGCCGACACUAUAUACAACAAAAGGCUCAGCAGCAGGAUUCAGAUCCGAUCCUUGCGAAUCGUACUGUUAUUGUUUCACCCGAUAAGAUGACUGCACGCCGGCUUAUAUUCUUGCUGUCUGCCUUUCUUCCGCCUAAACAGCGCUUUGAACCGCUUCCGUCACCCCUUCGACCUGGCACAUCUUCUUCAAUACGUGCUGUCUCGCAAAGUCCACCUAAUGUGCCUGUCCUACGGCAGGAGUCUCUGCGUAGAGCUAUUGAAAGACGGUCUCGCGCGCAACGUUUGAACCUCGCGGACAGAGAUCAACACCAGCGGUCCGUCAGUGCCUCGUCAAAUGAAACCGCGCACCGCUCGGCAGAUGACGUCGAGUCCGUGGCGCCAACAGAAUUUACAACAACUAGGAGAGGGUCGGAUGCACGUUCCAUCAGAACGUUAGGGGUCCCUAUACACACGAAAGAUGCACGCACCAAGAAUACUAGCAUAGCGACGACAUCCACAGCGACUCCUGGCAGCACUGUUCCCGUUCCGCAUUUUGCGUCACAAAGCCGGUUAGAACGGGAUAGAUCAGACCAGUCCGUGCUUGAAGGGAUUGAUAGUCCGGCAUCUGAGAACUUACUAAAGAACCUGCAAAGGAGUGAGAGUUCGAUGACUGCCAACAGUAGUGUGCCCUCGACUACUGGCCGAUGGGGUAGCCUGUUUUCUGGCUUAUGGAACUCGCGCCAGGGGUCAUCAACUGCAAGCAGCGAGGCCGUUUCUCCAGCUGAGAUUCGCAGGCGCUCGGUUUCUGGAUAUACAACACUGCCGAAACGAGGCCCUCCAACCUUGAGCCAAAUGGUAAAAGAGGUAUCGCCUGAGAUACCGGAAGAGUCUCAUACAAUAGCCACGAGUGGCAAUAUCUCAAUUCCUCACUCAAAUACUCAACAUCUUGAGGAAGAUGUGCAGGACCUUUCCUUGACGGCGGACCACAAUAGAGAGUCUUCCUUGAAGUUAUCCGUACGCGGCGAUGAUGGAAUCGUCGACGUUGAUCUUCCAUUGCCUGGUUUUGUUUCGCUUUCUUCAUCAGGCGAUUCUACCAUGACAUCACCGAAGAAGACGCGAACUUCAGUCACUAGUGUGGAUGCCGUGGCAUCUACACACAGUAGUGGCUCUGGGUUUCAUUAUGCACCCAGGGAGAAUGACGGGCCCAAUAUAAAUGUUGCUGGUUGGCUGAGGAGCUUCCAUGAAGACUUCCUGCUUCAAGCAGUGCGGCCUUAUUUAAGCCUGGAAGCUGAUGUAAAACGCGCAAUGCAGGCUGAACCUACCCCGAAUCAUGCCUUUUCUUCUGAAGCGGAUGGAUCAGAGAGAUGGGUAGAUGUCGCUACUACGCUAAUUGCUGAUGUGAGAACCUUUACGGUUAAGCGACUGCGUCUAAGACGAAAGGCUAUCAACAACGUCUUUUGGCGGAGCCCUCUCUCACCUUCUGUUUCUCAGCCUGGCACUCCUCGCCACAUUCCUGGGGGCUCCAUUUCUUCGAGCAAACCCUCUACCGUUUCCCCUAUAGACAAUUACGAAACUCAUGAAUUCGAAGAGCGUUUCGUUGAAGAACCAGUCAUGGAUCUGGACGGCACGCUAGUCGAUGCACUUGAACGUGUUCUGGCUCAAAGUGGUCCAUCCUCUUUGGCGCACUCUCGGGCACCAUCCCCGUCACGGGCUCGCAAGGGCGAUGAUAAGGUCACAUCAGACACGGCGCAUCGGGGUGAGGUCCAGGUUCCCUCUCUCGAGGUUCCCCGCACUGAAUGUCGUAAACUAGUCCUGGGCGCACUUGAAGAGGUAGUCCGCAGUGUGACCGCCGAGCAUUGUCGGGAGGAUGUUGACGGGGAGCUUGGUACGGCUGAUAGAGAACACAAGCGUUCAUUAGCUGGGCCCGAUAAUACAUUGAGAGAAGGAGUUCGCAAGUGGCUUCUUGAUGUCGAGGAGGCGUGGUAAUUAUUUCCACCUUUUUACUUUUCCUUCUACUUCAGCCUUGCUGUCUAUUCCUUUUUUUAUUCACGGCUCCAGGUCUGUUUUAUUGAUGGACUCUACUUUGUUUUCGUACAUUCGACAACUUCUACAUUAACAGAUCUUUUGCUUGCUUUCUUUCAAGCGUGGGUUGGAGCUCCCUAGUUCAUUGAACGGCUGAGCAGGAGUACGUCUCUGGCUAUCUUUAUCAUUACUUUUCUGCACAUCAUGAUACCCAUGUGUUGUGUUUGGCUUUCCAGUCCUGUAUUUACGGCUCAUGA